CUGUGCGCGCUGCCGGACGAGGCUCCCGCUGGCGAUUGACCCGCGCUCCGCCCCGUAGCCGGGCCGGAUCCUUGUAGCUAAUGUCAGAGGAAAGCGACUCGCUGAGAACCACCCCGUCUGCAGCCUCGCUUUCGGAAAAUGAGCUGCCACCACCCCCGGAGCCCCCCGGCUAUGUGUGCUCGCUGACCGAGGAGCUGGUCACCAAGGCCAGGGAGGAGCUGCAGGAGAAGCCGGAGUGGCGGCUGCGCGACGUCCAGGCUCUGCGCGACAUGGUGCGGAAGGAAUGCCCACACCUCAGGACCUCCCUGGACGACGCCUUCCUGCUGCGCUUCCUCCGGGCCCGCAAGUUCGAUUACGACCGGGCCCUGCAGCUCCUGAUCAAGUACCACAGCUGCAGGCGGAGCUGGCCUGAAGUCUUCACCAACCUGAGGCCCUCGGCCGUGAGAGAUGUCCUGGCUUCCGGCUUCCUGACCGUGCUGCCCGCCACGGACCCCAGGGGCUGCCACAUCCUCUGCCUCCGCCCAGACAGAUGGGUCCCGAGCAGUUAUCCAAUUACCGAGAACAUCCGAGCCAUAUACCUGACACUGGAAAAGCUCAUCCAGGCUGAGGAAACGCAGGUGAAUGGAAUUGUAAUCCUCGCAGACUACAAAGGAGUGAGCUUAUCAAAGGCAUCUCAUUUUGGCCCUUUUAUAGCCAAAAAGGUGAUUGGCAUCCUCCAGGAUGGUUUCCCCAUUCGGAUAAAAGCCGUCCAUGUGGUAAAUGAGCCUCGGAUCUUCAAAGGCAUUUUCGCCAUCAUAAAACCGUUUCUGAAGGAGAAAAUAGCCAACAGAUUCUUCCUCCAUGGGUCUGACCUGAACUCACUCCACACAAGCCUCCCAAGAAGCAUUCUCCCCAAGGAGUAUGGGGGCACCGGCGGGGAGCUGGACAUGACCACCUGGAGUGAGGUGCUGCUGGCCUCCGAGGAGGACUUUGUGAGGGAGUUCUGCCAGCCCGUCCCUGCCUGCGACAGCAUCCUGGGCGAGGUGCCGUUGCCCGAGGGGCUGCCCUCGGACGCACAGUGCGAUGACUCCUUGCGGGCUGUGAAGUCACAGCUAUACUCUUGCUACUAG